AUGGAUAUGCUGUCCUACGACAGUGCUCCAAAGCAUCUUUCCGCGCUAAAACUACAAAGAGAAAGCAUUCUUCAACCCAAAAAGCCAGUUCAACAACCAAUCGCUGUCGAUAAUAAUUCGGUUUUCACUCAUGCUACCGAAGAUUAUUCAGCUUUGAACAUCUCUAAUCGCUCAAAGGAGAAUUCCAAGACAAGACCUGAGCAACAGACCUCCAAUCAAUUAGGAGCUCAUAGUCCGAAAAAUGAAGAUGAUCAUUCUCCAGAAAGCCCACAAAAAACUGUCCACAUCAAGCCGUCAAGUCUACCAAUUCUCUCGCGUGUUUUUCCCACUACAUUUAACGAGCAUGCUUCCAAGCCGUUAGAUUGGAGAACUUUUGUUACUGCGAUGAAGAACGCUGGAUUUACGGCAGCGGAGUCCGGAGGCUCCGCUGUUAGAUUCCUUAAUACUGUUGAUGGUGGUAGGAUAGUGUUCCACGAGCCACAUCCUACUGCGAAGAUUGAACAAUCCAUGUUGCGGGCGUGGGGAAAACGAUUAGGAAAGUGGUUCAGAUGGGCCAGAGAGUCAUUUUUUGUUACAUAA